UGAGGUUUUCCUUUAGCCACGUGGAAACAAGAACCUCCUCCCUACUCCUUGUCACUAAGAGCCAAAAAUAUUGAGAACACUGGAACUGGGGAGGAGAGAGAAGAAGGAUUUGAAACUGAGCAGCAAGGAACAAGCUGGCUUGGGGAAGAGGCAAUAACCAAGAACUGCAACACUGUUCGUCUUUGAAAGACAUCUGGUGGGGAAAGAACCCUGGAGGGGACUACUGACUUUCCUCCUAACGUACAAAGGCACCCUAAAACUGUCCAGAUAAGGCUUUAGCAUACCACUGGUCUGAAGAGAAAAACAAACAAACAUUUCUUGGAAAGUGACUAUCAUGGGCAGAGCCAGGAAUCCCAGUUCUGACUGACAUCAGUGUAAGGCAUCCUACCAUACUCUCACAAUAUAAAAACAAAUCCUUUUUCACCAUUGAGCUGCCCACCCUUUCCAUCACAGUAAUCUUCCUCCCCACUCCCUUCCUGUCACCACAGUGGGUUGGAGAGGACCAAAUUGGGCAAAAUUUCCUUAGGGACCUUGCCAGCCAUGGCAUGUCAGGGCUGCUGCUGCUGCUGGAGUGCUGGGCACCUCAACCAAGACAAUGCCAGAUUCUUGCUACUGGCUGCCUUGAUUGUCCUAUAUAUGUUGUGUGGUGCAGCUGUCUUCUCAGCAAUUGAGAGAGCUCAAGAGUGUAGGGCAAAGGAGCAGUGGGGGGAGAAGUUACUAAACUUUAGCCUGACUCACAAUCUGAGCCUUGAUGAGCUUCGAGGUUUUCUCCGGGAUUAUGAGGAGGCCACAGCUGCUGGAAUCCGAAUUGGUGAUAGCCGGCCCCGGUGGGACUUUACUGGUGCUUUCUAUUUUGUAGGCACUGUGGUGUCCACCAUAGGUUUUGGCAUGACAACACCAGCAACUGUGGGAGGCAAAGUUUUUCUGAUAUUUUAUGGUCUCAUUGGAUGUGCAGGCACCAUCUUGUUCUUCAACCUCUUCUUAGAGCGUCUGAUUACAGUCAUCGCCUACAUCAUGAAGUCAUGCCAUGAAAGGCAGCUCAAAAAGAAGGGGGAGCUGCAAUCUGAUAACCAGAGAGGCUCUGGGACCUCAGAGGCAGACAGCAUGGUGGGAUGGAAGCCCUCGGUGUAUUAUGUCAUGCUGAUCCUGUGCAUGGCCUCCCUCAUCAUCUCCUGCUGUGCCUCUGCCAUGUACACACCCAUUGAAGGUUGGAGCUACUUUGAUUCUCUUUAUUUCUGCUUCGUGGCCUUCAGCACCAUUGGCUUUGGUGACCUUGUCAGUAGCCAGAAUGCCCAGUAUGAGAGCCAAGGGCUCUACCGCUUUGGCAACUUCGUCUUCAUCCUCAUGGGUGUCUGCUGCAUUUAUUCCUUGUUCAAUGUGAUCUCCAUCCUCAUCAAACAGUCCAUCAACUGGAUCUUGAAGAAAAUGGAAUGCCACUAUUGCCAGUGCCAAAGAAAAGCCUUACUCUUACGGAGAAAUGUGGUAACUCCCAGCAAUGUGCGGAGUGGGCAAGAAAUCUCCAUUGAGACAGAUGGCGUGAUCGAGAGUGAAACAGAUGGGCGUCGUCUCUCAGGAGAAAUGAUCUCCAUGAAGGACUUCUUAGCCUCCAACAAGGUCUCAUUAGCCAUACUACAGAAGCAACUGUCGGAGACAGCCAAUGGAUGUCCUCGACAGGCCAACGUGUCAGCCCGACACAAGGGAUUUUCAGGAGGGGUGGGAGCUCUGGCAAUUAUGAACAACAGACUGGCAGAAACAAGCGGGGAUAGAUAG